AUGAUCCGUCGAAACACACGUUUGCGUCGAGAAUACCUUUACAAGAAAUCGUUGGAGGCCAAUGAAAGGACCAACUUUGAAAAGAAGCAGGCAAUCAAGCAGGCGAUCGAAGAGGGAAAGGCCAUACCGACCGAAUUACGGAAUAUGAGCAACGAGCUUCGAGAAGACCUACCAUUCGAUCAGGCACAAGCUGCACCUACGAGCCACGUUGAUGAUGAGUAUGCUCGAGCAGGCGUUUUCGAUCCCAAGAUUAUGAUCACUACUUCUCGUGACCCAAGCAGUCGACUACAACAGUUUGCCAAGGAAAUGCGUUUGGUAUUCCCUAAUUCGCAACGUAUCAAUCGUGGUGGUCACGUUAUCAAGGACAUUGUGGAAGCAUGUCGAGCAAACGAGGUGACAGAUUUGGUGAUCCUGCAUGAACAUCGUGGUCAGCCUGAUGGUAUGGUCGUAUGUCAUUUCCCCUACGGACCAACAACCUAUUUUUCUUUGCACAACGUUGUUCUUCGGCACGAUAUCAAGGAUCAAGGCACAGUAUCGGAAGCAUUCCCUCAUCUCAUCUUCCACAACUUUAGCUCCCGUUUGGGUCAACGAGUAACCAACGUCUUGAAAUAUCUAUUCCCUGUACCAAAGGAAGACAGCAAACGUGUCAUGACUUUUGCAAAUGAGAACGACUACAUUUCUUUCAGGCACCAUGUUUAUGUCAAGACCGGUAAUAAUGUUGAAUUGGCCGAGGUUGGACCACGCUUUGAAAUGCGGGUGUAUGAAAUCAGAUUGGGAACUGUUGAUUUGGCAGACGCGGACGUAGAAUGGCAACUUUCAUCAUACACUCGUACUGCUGGCAGGAGAAUGGAAUUGUAG